GCGGAAUUGAGGAGAGCUCUGAGCUGCUGCAAGAGAAACAGUUUUAAGAAAAAGAAAAAAAAUAAAAAGGGGAAAAAAAAGAGGAAAAAGAAGGGGGGGCAGUCAGUCAGGGGACAUAAAGCCCUAUAUACAUCCUAUACCAUAUCAGUGUACAGCUGCACCGACCAAGCACUGCAUCCUGCCUGGAAUAACUGAUACAGGAUAACACUCACUGCCUGUGUGCCGCUCACAUACUCUGUACUGCACAGCACUGACAGACAGACUGACUGCUGGGAUUAUUAUUAUUACUAUUUUUAAUAUUUUUUACUGAACAUUCUGUUUUUAUUAACAUUCUCUGGCUCAGUGUUCCCCGAGUGCCCGGACAGUGAUGCUUUCCAGUAACGCGCAGUGUGUUCAGUACUGAGCGGAGCCUGCUCGGCGCUGUACCCGGGCUGUACACGCUGGCCUGAGCCAGGGAGCACACUGUGUGCGGGGAUCGCCACGAGCAUGGUGCAGCAAAGCAACAACGGAGCCGACAACAGCGAGGCUCUGCUGGCCGGGGAGAGCUCGGACUCCGGGGCCGGGAUAGAGCUGGACAUGGCAUCCUCCCCCACCCCGGGAUCCACAGCCUCCACCGGGGGCAAGGCAGACGACCCGAGCUGGUGCAAGACCCCGAGCGGGCACAUCAAGAGACCGAUGAAUGCAUUCAUGGUGUGGUCUCAGAUCGAGCGGCGGAAGAUCAUGGAGCAGAGCCCGGACAUGCACAAUGCCGAGAUCUCCAAGCGGCUCGGGAAACGCUGGAAACAGCUCAAAGACAGCGACAAGAUCCCCUUUAUCCGGGAGGCCGAGCGGCUGCGGCUCAAACACAUGGCGGACUACCCGGACUACAAGUACCGGCCCAGGAAGAAGGUGAAGUCCGGCAGCUCCAAGCCCGGGGAGAAGGGCUGCGGCAGCCCGCUGGGGAGCGUGUCUGGGGCCGGACACCCCGGGGGCUGCGGUGGAGCCAAGCCCCCCGCACAGAAGAAGAGCGGCGGCGGCGGGGCCAAGCCGUGCAGCAAGCCGCACAGUAAGCCUGUGCUGGGCGGUAAGAGCCCCCCGGAGCAGCCCUGCAUGCUGGACCACCACUCGCUAUACAAGUCCCGGACCGCCGCCUCCUCCCGGCACGGAGCCCCGGACAAGAAGCCCAAGCACCGGCUCUACAUCUUCAACACCCCCGGCUACCAGGGCUCCUCUCCGGUAGCCGUGCCCGCCAGCCCGACCCUCAGCAGCGGCUCCACCGAGGCCAGCGACCCGCUCAGCCUGUACGAGGACGGGGCCGGCUCCAUGCACGACUCCCCCGGCUCCCCGUCUGAGCACGGCGGCUACCCGAGUGCGUCCUCCCCGGCCCCGUCCACCUCUCACUCCUCCUCUUCGGCUGCAUCCUCCCCCUCCUCCGCAUCCUCCUCCUCCUUCUCCUCAUCAUCCUCGGCUUCUUCCUCGGACGAGGAGCUGGAGGACGAACUGCUGGAACUGAACCCCAGCCCGGGCUUUGAGAGCAUGUCCCUGGGCAGCUUCUCGUCCUCCGCCCUGGACAGGGACCUGGACUUUAACUUCGAGCCCGGCUCGGGAUCCCACUUCGAGUUCCCGGACUAUUGCACGCCCGAGGUGAGUGAGAUGAUCUCCGGGGACUGGCUGGAGUCCAGCAUCUCCAACCUGGUGUUCACCUACUGAGCCAGCCAGCCGGAGCAGGGUGAGCAGCCAGGGUCCAGGGACAGACAGAGAGAGGGGGCAGGGCACACUCUCUGCUCUACUAAACUGCUUGACUUACUAAGCAAAACACAAUUAAAAGGGAUUGUUGAUUUUAGCAGCCCAGGGAGACAGCACCCCUUCUGUCCUCCCAACCCCAUAAAAAGAAAAACCCAGAGAAGCCCUCCUGAUUGUACAAUUUGCAGACUGGAGAGGUUGAGGAGGAGGAGGAUGAUGAAGGCUCUUGGGGCUCCACACAUUGUUGGGUAAAGGAAGAUUUGAAACAAAUUAAAAUGAGACGUAAAGGGAGCCGAGCUGAUUGUCAGAGAUGUGGGGAGAGGGCACUGAACCAGCCCUUUAAGCAUUGUCUACCUCCCCUGUCAGGGGAGACAUGGGACUCUUCCCUUCCAGCACCAGGACAAGGCUCUGCCUUCCAGCAGGAGAGGAGAGGAAGGAGCACAAAGCAUCAGCUUAAUGAAAAACAGAACAUGAGACUGACAUAUUUAAAAGGGCGAAGAGAUUCCCCAAAAAACAACCUUCCCCAUCACCCCUUGUUUUUUUUAUUUGGAAACCAGUCGGUGGAUCAAGGGGUAUUUUUUAUUUUGAUUUACUAUUAUUUUUUGUAGUAGUAACAGGACUGUAAUGGAUUUGCACGACUAGAGAAGGAAGGUACCCAUUGGGUCACCCAGCUUUUUCUUUAGAAACCAUCCCUAAAAAGAUGGACUUUUUUAUUUUAUCAAGGACACUACUUUUAAGGAGGAAGGUAGAUCUUCUGAACUACACCAAGUUACAUAUUUAUGUGGUACCUGGGGGGUAAAAGGGCGAUUCUUUUAAAAGAAAAAAAAAUGUGUUUUCUCUCUUGCUCAGAAUCGUGAUGGUGUUGAUUUCACUGGUGGGUUAAUAUAGCAUGUUAUCCUGUCUAUCUUUUUAAGGUUUCUGUAAGACUGUUGAACAGUUUUAGUGUUAGGGUAAUAUAAAGCAGAUAGAUGGCGCUAUGUUUGAUUCCUACAAAAAUCACCAGCUUUUUACUCAUUCUUAACUCUUUAAGGAUUCAAACGCAACUCAAAUCUGUGCUGGACUACAACAAUUAAUUCAGGACCAAAUUUUUCUCAGAGUAUGUAUGUGUUAUUAAUCAGUAGUUGUAAAUGAAGAUACUUUUUUGUUCUCUCAUUGAUAAUCCAUAUUGUUUCUCCCCAACCCCUCUUGUAAAUGUAAUCAGAUGCCAUUUUAUAUGUGGACAUAUUUAUACUGGCCAAAAUUUUUAUGUUAAAUCUUUAUUUUUAUUUUCUUUUUAAUUUUGUAGUACUACUCCAUCCAACCUUUUUUUUUCCCUGCACCGUUUUUGUCUCCUUCACUGAAGGGCUAGAGUUUUAACUUUUUAAGUUUUUUUUUAUAUUUAAAUGUAGACUUUUGACACUUUUAAAAAGAAAGAAGAGAGAUGAAAACGUUUGAUUAUUUUCUCAGUGUAUUUUUGUAAAAAAUAUAUAAGGGGGUGUUUAAACUGGUGUCAAUCGCUGUUUGAUUUUCUUUUUUUUCCUGACAAUUUUGCAAACAGGGAGGCUGGUUGCUAUCUCAAACAAAAAUAAUAAAGUUUAACCAGCCUAGAUUUCCAUGUUUACACACUUCAAUCUGCAGGCUUUUUAAAGUGACAGCAUCCCUUCCAGCCUUGUGCACUCAGCAUUCACACCUCCAGAGUAUUCAUAAUACACUGUAUAUUGGUUGAAAACUACAAAAAAAUGUCUUUGUAUUAAUCAUAUGUAGUAUUUAUAUAGCUCUUUAUAACUAAUCUUCAGAGUUUUGUUUAUUUUGUAUAAUUUUUUUUUCUCUAUUGUACUGCCUUGGUAGAAUCUUGGCGUGCAUUCUUCUUUGGCACUGUUAUACUCCAACGUGGAGAAAGGAACAAUGUUUGAAUUGCCUAUUUCCAGUAGGUAGGCACAGUGGUGAGACAUGGACCCAUACACUUUUUUUUUUUUUUUUUUUAAUAUAUAAAUACUAGCCUCCUCCUGCUUUAAAAUGCUUGCUUUUUCUAAUCCUUUUGAUGCUGGGGAGCUUCUAGCAAAUGCUUGUCCCUUCCAGGGGUAACUAAGCCAGUCUGUAUUCCAAUGCUUUAAAGCAACCAGUGCACAUAAUAAGCAAAAAAGGGAUCCUGUAGCUUUAACUUCUCGAAUACAUUUUUUGCACUUUUUUAAUAAUACAAAAAAAACCCGUGCCGUUUAAACCACUGGAUCUAUCUAAAUGCCGAUUUGAGUUCGCGACACUAUGUACUGCGUUUUUCAUUCUCGUAUUUGACUAUUUAAUCCUUUUUAUACUUGUCGCUAAACUAUAAUUGUUUUAGUCUCUUUUUGGCAUGACGAUAGCAUAUGUAUUCAGGUUUCUAGCUGUUGUGUUUUUAAGAUGAAAAACUGAAGAAAGUGAAAACAUCUUUGUACAUUUAAGUCUAUUAUAAUAAGCAAAAAUGGAAAAAAAAAAUGUGUGUUUAUGUAUGUAAUUCAAUGACAGGCACUAGAAGUUCUACCUAUUGAGGUAGUUCUGUUUUAACAUAAAAUUUUCUUAAAAUUUUUUUUUAAUUGUUUUUAAAAAAAUUAAUAAUCCAUCCUGUGCAAUAUGCCGUACAAAAUAAUUUUGUCUAACCAUCAGGCCACAAAACAAAGAUUUGAGGCAUAAAUCAUGCCAGCUAAUGUCUAUUUCACUGCCUGUCAGAUUGUUGAUAUACUUCUGUAAAUAACUUUUUUUUUUUUUUUUUUUUUAAAGGAAAUAAACUCAGCUGGAACUGAACCCUUAAAUCUGA